UCUCAUCGACGGUCGUCGGCACUGCAUAGCUGGGCAACAGGGGAACUGAAAUCAACGAGAUAUUGUAAGCCACUCUCAAGAAGGUAACGCACGUGAUGGCAACUUCGAGGAGUUGAGCCUGAAAAAUCCCGCCCACGGGGGCUUGUUGUCACGAACACCGCAACACCCCCCAUCAAACACAAUGUAAGUCGACAGCCUCUACUUGAUCCUCUCAGUUGGAUGAUGCAUCAAUCACUAGGCAACCAUGACCCCAAAGCCGCCCAAAGGCCACUUCAACGUCUUGUACUUUGCCAGUGCCGGCUCGUACACGACCAAGAAUGUCGAGGCACUGCCCGCGCCGCUGCCCCUGCGGAAGCUCUUCGACACGUUAGAAGAGCGGUACAAGGGGAUCCGGGCGAGCGUGCUCAACCACAGCCUGGUGACAAUAAACCUGGCGUAUGUGGACGUGCCGGACGGCGAGCAACAGGACGGUGAAGCGGCAGAGCAGGAAAUCAUCAUCCAAGAAGGCGACGAGGUCGCCAUCAUUCCCCCGGUUAGCUCGGGUUAGACAGCCACAACCCGCCAAUUGGCCAGAAUACAAUCCAAUACAAUCCAUAU